AUGGAAGUUGAGAAACAAAUUCAAAAUGAAAAGCAGAAAUGGCGUGAAGUGCUGAAACGAAUUCUGGCUUGGAUAAAAUUUCUAGCUAGCCAAAAUUUGGCUUUACGUGGUUACUGUGAAAGUCUUGAUACCGAAUGUUACAAUAUAGGAAAUUUCCUGGCCACAAUGAAGCUAAUUGCUCAGUUUGAUCCAAUAUUAUCAAGUCAUCUACAGCAUUCUAAAAAUGUUCCGGGUUCAGUUUCAUAUCUGUCACCAAUAAUUCAAAAUGAAUUUAUCAGUCUUCUUGCAUCUACUGUCAGAAAGCAGAUACUCUGUGAUAUUCGACGAAACAAAUACUAUGGACUAAUUCUAGAUUCAACACCUGAUCUAGCACACCGGGAACAGUUAUCAGAAGUUAUUAGGUUUGUUGAUGUUAAUUUCAAAACAAAAAAAGUGACCAUCAAAGAAUCUUUUCUUGGUUUUAUUCAGCUUCAUGCAAAAGAUGCAGCAACACUAGAAAAUGUUAUUGUUGAACAGUUGCAAGCAGACAACCUUCCUAUAGCUGACUGUCGAUCUCAGUGUUAUGAUAACGCAGCUGUAAUGGCAGGAGAACUGUCCGGACUCCAACAAAGAAUUGCCAUUCGAAAUCCUCAAGCAUCGUUUGUUAAUUGUAACAACCAUAGCUUGAAUUUAGCUGGAUUACAUGCUGCAAAACAGGAUCCAGUUGUUGUUACAUUUUUUGGUACAGUUGAGAAAAUUUACGUUUUUUUCAGUGCUUCAACUGUUCGAUGGGAGAAAAUGAAAGAAUUGCUUGGAAUUACAUUGAAGAGAGAAUGUCCAACACGCUGGAGUGCAAGACAAGAUGCGGUGAAUGCAAUCCACGAACAGUUUGAUGGAUUUUUACAGCUGUUAGAAAACCUGUAUGAAGAUGGUACUCAAACUAGUGAGACUCAGAAUGAUGCAUACAGUUUGCCUCAAAAUGUGAUGAAUUUCAAUUUCAUCACUCUACUUGAUUUCUGGCAUGCAGUUUUGUCAAAAAUUGACCCGAUUCAAAAACGACUGCAAGAUCCAUAA